AGACAUAUACUUCGAACCUCGACGAUCCACUUUCUCCUAAUCAUCGGAAACAUCAUUUCUUGUCCUCUACUUUCUCUCCCUAAACCCUAAAUCUAAACCAUAAGAACAAUGCGAAAGACAAAGCUUCUCUUCCUCUUCUUCUUCCUCUCCCUCUCUCUCCUCUUCGUCGCCGCCGCCGGUGAGAACCGAUGCGAAUGCUCGCACGAACACGAUGGAGAGAACAAAUCCAGCGCCCAGAAGUACAAGAUCGCCGCCAUACCCUCCGUCCUCGUCGCCGGAAUCAUCGGAGUUCUCUUCCCUCUGCUCGGAAACGUCUUCCCGUCGCUGCGUCCCGAGACGACAUUCUUCUUCGUCACGAGAGCCUUCGCCGCCGGAGUCAUUCUCUCCACAGGAUUCCUCCACGUCCUGCCGGAGGCCUUCAAGAUGCUGACGUCACCUUGCCUUAGCGAGCAUCCAUGGGAGUUUCCGUUCACCGGAUUCAUCGCCAUGAUGGCCGCGAUCUUGACCCUCUCCGUCGACGCCUUCGCCACUUCGUAUUUCCAGAAAUCCCAUUUCAAGAAUCAGAGGAUCGGUAGCGAAGGAGAAGGCAAGGAAGGCGGGGGAGAGCUCGGGCUUCACGUCCACGCUCACGCCCACUCCCACGGCGGUCUCACGGCCGCGGAAUCCGGCGGCGGUUCCGCCGGCGAGUCAAUGACUCAGCUUCUCCGGAACCGAGUCAUCGCACAGGUGCUGGAGCUGGGAAUAAUUGUACACUCAGUGGUGAUCGGAAUAUCACUGGGAGCAUCUCAGGACCCCGACACCGCCAAGACUUUGUUCGCUGCCUUGAUGUUUCACCAAUGCUUCGAAGGUCUUGGCCUCGGCGGUUGCAUCACUCAGGGGAAAUUCAAAUGGAUGACAAUUACGAUAAUGGCCAUGUUUUUCUCGGUGACGACACCAAUAGGGAUAGCUGUCGGGAUGGGGAUCUCGAGCUCGUACGAUGAAUCGAGUCCAACGGCUCUGAUCGUCCAAGGUGUCCUGAACGCCGCGUCCUCAGGCAUUCUCAUCUACAUGUCUCUGGUGGACCUCCUCGCAGCAGAUUUCAUGCACCCGAAGAUGCAAUCCAAUUCUGGGCUUCAAAUCAUGGCCCAUAUCUCCCUCCUCCUCGGUGCCGGCGUUAUGUCUCUCUUGGCUAAAUGGGCCUAGAAAAAGCCCAUUUAAUCCCCUUCGGGUUUUUUUUUUUUCUCCCUUGAACCAUAUAUAUAUAUGCAUAUAAUAUAUUAUUUUGUUUGAUCUUUUGUUGUGUAUUGCUUUCUCGCAAUUUUAAAUGUAAAGAGAAUAUAUCUAUCUUAUCUCUCUUGACCUUCUACGGCAAUUUUUGCUAAUUUGUGUCCCAGAUAAUGCCGAGUGUUGUGGAUGACGUGUAAUAAUAAAAAAUGUUACAAACAUUGAGGUCAUGUGUAACAUUAUUUGCUA